CUGUAGCCCACUUCUCUCUUUCUCCCUCUUUCUCUCUCUCUCUCUGUCUGUCUGUCUGUCUCCGGUCCGUGAUGGCAUCCCCCCGGCUGGAGACUUUCUGCUGCCCGAACCGAGACGCUGCGACAGAGUUUGUGGUCACCUUCCAGCCCAUCCUGUUCGGGGCUCUAAGUCUGGGAAGCGCAGCUCUGAGCCUGCUGUUUGCUAUCUUACAAAUUUUGCCAAAACGCAAGGGCUACAGAAGACUGGGACAGUAUCCUCUACCAAGGCCUGCUUCCUCCUCACGGAUAUUGUUCAUCAUCAGUAUAUGUGACAUACUGGGAUGCGCAGGCAUCAUGAUAAGGUCAUCAGUGUGGCUGGGCCUGCCGAACAUCAUCGACCACAUCUCAGUGGUCAACAACACCGAUGUCUGGCCAGAGGUCUUCUGCGUUGGCAGUGCAAUGUGGAUCCAGCUAUUUUUCAGCGCUUCUUUCUGGUGGACCUUUUGUUAUGCCGUUGACGUCUUCCUCGUGGUGAAAACAUCUGCAGGAAUCAGCACCAUUAUCCUCUACCACAUGAUUACAUGGGGUCUGGCUGUGCUGCUGUGUGUGGAAGGCGUGGCCAUGCUCUAUUACCCAUCCAUCUCUGAUUGCGAGCAAGGCCUCCAGCACGCAAUCCCUCACUACGUCACCACAUACGCACCGAUGCUGCUCGUCCUUGUAGCCAACCCUGUCUUCUUUAAUCGAACCAUAUCUGCAGUGACAUCUUUACUGAAAGGACGCCAAGGAAUCUACACAGAAAACGAGAGACGGCUGGCCAGCGAGAUAAAGAUGCGCUUCUUUAAAAUAAUGCUGGUGUUCUUUAUUUGCUGGGUUCCCAACAUCAUCAACGAGAGCCUCCUCUUCUACCUGGAGAUGCAGACAGACAUCAAUGACAACAGUUUCAGGAAUGUCAGGAACGCAGCCCUGAUCACAUGGUUUAUCAUGGGUAUCCUGAACCCCAUGCAGGCUUUCCUCAACACCCUGGCCUUUCACGGCUGGACAGGCUUCAGUGUCGACCUCAGCCUGGAGCGAAGGAGGGAGCUGGCCUGGGACUCAGUUUCUACUUCAGUGCCUAAUGCAGGCGGCCAUAACCCCAUGGUGGGAACCACUCUGCUCUACCAGAGUCAUGUCCAGGAAGCCAAGAAGAACCUGCUGAGCAACGGACAGCAGCCCUCCGACGCCAUCAGUGUUCUCUCAGAAGGUUCAGAGUCUAGUACAGUUGAAAUCCACAUUUCCAGCGAGCUACGAGACUAUGAGGAUGUAGACGCUGAUGGAGAAUCGAUGGACAACUCUGUGAGGCACUAGCUGGGGUCAACAACAAACUGCCUCCCUCUGCUUCAGCGGUGUGACAUUGCAUUUUCAGUUACUCUUGUUUUAGUUUUGUCUGAUCUUAGCCUCUAUUGUCCUCUUGAGACUCUCCCAGAUAUUAACUGGUCACGUGAUUUCAUUAGUUGGUACGACAGAAUGAGUCUAAUUCUUGAUUCCAAGCCUUUUAUUUUUCUCUAAGCCUUCUAAAUCUGUCUGCAGUGCAGCGUAGUGGACAGCUAAAUAGUCCCAAAGCCAGUCUCAUGUAUGUAGCAGUCGGUCAACAGAACAAACAGGACAUUUUCUCAUUAAUAACGCACAGGCUGAGCUUUCAAGUUGCCUUAAGUGCUUGAGGAAGUAUUUCUCCUGGCAGGUUCUCUGAAUUAGAUGCGCACUGGGUUUGUGAUAUGCACUCUUGCCGUAAAACUCCUAAAGGCACAACAGAAUGUAAUUUGUUAAUUAGUUUCUUUUUUUAAAACUACAUUACUGUAUUUCCAACUGUCCAUCUUGUAUUUUUGCACACAUCUAUUUUAUACAAUAUUAAAUAUCCCAAAUUUUUCUUAAGAUUUUGUUGGUGACACUUUCUUAAAUGUCUUUUCAGUGGUUGUAGAGGACUGCAUAGUAACUCCCGAGCUAAGAAAAAUAUUCAAGACAAAGGCUCCGUGGUUUCUGAUAUCAAAAUAGAGUGAUUUAUUUGAGACACUGAAUGACUUCAAAGUUUUGUCUUGGAAACAGGUGAAUGCACCCUGGACCAGGGUGUGAGAGACAGUAGCUGUCACAGCACUUAUUCCAUACUGGGCUCCUUAGCAUGCCAAGAAUGGCCACCAACCCACAGCCCAAUUCUCAGUCUGACACAGACAAUAAUGGCUCUCAGCAAAUGAUAAACAAUGAACCACCCAUUAACAUCCAAUUGUGACUUCAAAAUAAAGAGAGAGGAAAAAAAAGACAAAAAAAUGAAUUGGCCCUUUACUUUCAGCAAGAUCUGAACAUUUGCUGCAACCCGCCAUUACAAAAAGUGCAAUUCACGUUGCUUCAGCUUAAUUUUGACUGAAAAGGAAAGGGACCAGAAAAAAAAAGGCAAAUCACAGUGAUGGCAUGUUAAUUUUUAGAUACCGUCUUUUACAUUAGAUCCCAGUACGCAGAGGGAGGUGGACUUACUGCACACUGCUGAAGCUUAGCCCACAACACAGGCAUUUUAAAACUGACCUAAUCAGAUCAGCAGGCAACAUUUGGUGGGACUGAACAAGACCAAUCAUAGUUUGUUUUUUGUUUUUUUGUUUUUUUAAACCAACAGCGGGCCUUUUGCUUGACCUCCACCUACUGGUCAAAAUGUGCUCUGCAUUUUCAGUAGAUUUAUCAGAGGAAAGUGCCAGAGAGGACCAUGGUAAUGCUAAUCAAGCUGUAGUAGGUCUCACAGGUAGAGUUUUGUUGUUGAUUCUCUGACGUCCUGUUCCACAUAUAACACCAUUGUAAAGCAGCAAACCAAUCAGGAGACUGUGAUGAUUGUUCACUCCCACGUUGUUGACCAGAUAAUUCCCUGAAUGCAAGUAAUGAAAUGCACAUUUCCUUCCAUGGCCUUCCGUGAUCAUUAGAGGAGAGCAAAGUCACUCAACGAACCUGUUUGAUGCCAUUUGUGAUUCAUUGGAGAAAAAAAAAAAAAAAAAAAAAAAAAUUGAUGCGCUGGAUAUGAUUGGUCGAGUUGAGAAAGACUGUAUUAAAAGAAGCUGGUGAGACAUGCACUUCAUUUAAAAAGAGGUCUCGUCACGCAUUAUCAGCAAAGAUGUGACAGCUUUAGCCAUUAAUGAGCCCCUACAGGAUGGCAAUAAAGAGUACUGUAUAUAAACAUAUAUACACAGUAUAUAAGUCUGUGUAUUAAUCUAAUUUACAUAUCUUUACAUUCUUUAAAUUUACAUCCAAAAAGGGAGAAAAUUCUCUUUGUAAACCACACUUUUCACAUCUUGUCCACAAAAUGACAUUUUCUAAUCUCGAGUGAAUUGAGCAGGUCAUUUUAGGAGAUUAGGACUAUUUCUUGGCAGGUUUUCCUUUUGUUGACCUGAUGUUAAAUGUGAGCUAAGAACUACCUUGUAGCGGCACAUUCAAUUUUGACUUUCAAAAGUCCAUCUG